AUGGAGGAGACUACGGAGGUGACGGAAGUGACCACUGAAACGAUCGAAACCACGGAUGUAAAGCCUGAGGAGACGACGGAAGUGAUUGAAGUGACGGAAGUGAUCACCACCGAGACGACGGAAGACACCGUGGAUGAGACGGAUGUGACGGAGGGCAAGAAGCCCAAGUCGAAGAAGCACCGUAAGCCAAAGCGUAAGCCGACUGCGGGCACGACCGACAAGGAGACUACGGAGGUGUUGGAAUUGAUUAUUGAGACAACGAAGACAAAGGUGGCAGCUGGCAAGACAAGUACUUCCGUGGAUACGGAGACGCGCGAGGAGAUUGAAGACAGCACCGCCACGAGCGCGACGAUUGCGAGUACAUCCGCACCAGAUGCGACUCUAAUUGGGUCUUCUAGGACUGAAGAGACUGAUGAGGACGGCUCUGCUGGCUCCACGGUGAAGACCGAGGUGUUCCGCUUGACGGGAGCGAAUGGAAGCAUCGUAACGAAGACGGUUCGCACGACGAUCCGCAAGGUGACCACUCCUUGCGGUCUGACAAAGCGUAUGAUCGAGGUGCAGACAACGACGGAGACAAAGACGGCAGCUGGCAAGACAAACACAUCCGUGGAGACGGAGACGCGCGAGGAGAUUGAAGACAGCACCGCCACGAGCGCGACGAUUGCGAGUACAUCCGCAUCAGAUGCGACUCUAAUUGGGUCUUCUAGGACUGAAGAGACUGAUGAGGACGGCUCUGCUGGCUCCACGGUGAAGACCGAGGUGUUCCGCUUGACGGGAGCGAAUGGAAGCAUCGUAACGAAGACGGUUCGCACGACGAUCCGCAAGGUGACCACUCCUUGCGGUCUGACAAAGCGUAUGAUCGAGGUGCAGACAACGACGGAGACAAAGACGGCAGCUGGCAAGACAAACACAUCCGUGGAGACGGAGACGCGCGAGGAGAUUGAAGACAGCACCGCCACGAGCGCGACGAUUGCGAGUACAUCCGCAUCAGAUGCGACUCUAAUUGGGUCUUCUAGGACUGAAGAGACUGAUGAGGACGGCUCUGCUGGCUCCACGGUGAAGACCGAGGUGUUCCGCUUGACGGGAGCGAAUGGAAGCAUCGUAACGAAGACGGUUCGCACGACGAUCCGCAAGGUGACCACUCCUUGCGGUCUGACAAAGCGUAUGAUCGAGGUGCAGACAACGACGGAGACAAAGACGGUAGCUGGCAAGACAAACACAUCCGUGGAAACGGAGACGCGCGAGGAAGAAGAUGAAACUGGAGUCGGCAUGAUUCGUGUUGCGAGUAUUCUAGGUACUGAUGGUAGUAAGCGCAAUUCGACUGUGUCAAGUUGGGAGGAGAAAGCUGCGGUGACUUCGGCCCAGAGAACUAGCGAAGGUUCUGCUUGGUGGAAGAUGAAGCGGCGCCGUCUCGUAAAGACUUGGCUUCCUGAAUUCGUGUCAUAUGUCCAGCGUCGUGGCCGAAAUCUGUCAAAGGCAAUGCCUAGAAAAGAAAUGCUGAACUUUUCUCGUGACUUUUGCGACCAAAACUUUGUUCGCUUUGAGGACGGAUUUUUCAACUCGGGGACUUACGAAGAAAAGCGAGCAUCGUGGACAAUUGCGCGCUCCCUAUCCUUCCACUACCCUGGUGUCGCUGUUCAGCAACUGGGUCUCGGUGUAGGAAAGUUCCGGCGGACGCUACUGUUAGACGAGGUAUGUCGAACCCGCAAUGGACCUGACGGUGUGCCGUUUAUGGAAAUGGAAUUUGUACUAUCGGUGCUUCAGGUUGUGCGGAAAAAAUGUGCGUACUACGAAGAUGUUUUGAUUUUGGAAAAUGGCGAAGUGCUGUUUCACGGCACCGGUGAAUCGCUGAUCAUCUACUUCCAAGAGCUUGGCUUCGUAUGCGCUCCAGGUGUGAAUGUAUCCGACUACUUGCUUAACCUAACUGAAGAGCAGCAGAUGCACCACCAGGUGACCAUGAUCCAAGGAUUCAACAAUCAACGUCAAUUACGCCGUAGCCGCAUGUUUGCGGGAAUGAUGAAGUUUGCCGACGAUAUGGUACUCGUUACGGGGGCUCCUGGUGCUGGAGGUCUAUCACGGACCAGCACACCAGCAAGCAGCCCGGCGCGUAGCAGUGAUACAGCCAAGCUGAGUGUGGCGUACUCACCUUCCCGACGUCGGCUAACACACCGGUUUGCGCAAGGAUCUCCGGCAAAAUCGCCGCUCAGAUCACAGACGCGCCCGGCCCCAAAGUCAAGCGAUGCGACGAAAGGCAUGAAGAUUACAGCGUGCUCGUCUCCAGAUUCAGGAAAGACGGCUAAGUUGUUGGCAUCCUCAUCGUCUGCCACAGGCGGCUCGAUCAGGACGCGCAAGAUUGUCACUGAAGGCGACGAUACUAUGAUCACGACAGAAAUUACGUCGCCUCAUGGUACCAAGCGAUUAUCUACUAUCCGCGAGCCAACCACUCACUAG